AUGCUGGUUGCGCAGCCCGCGGUGGCCGAACUGGAUCUUGCUCCACUGCCGGAUGAAUUAUGGAGUGCGACCUACGCAGGACAUCUGGCUAAUCGGGCAGGUUUCGGCGCAGGGCUGACUGAGCGUGAUGCCCUGGGUCGUUUAACACCAGGCCAGGCCGUGCAACGUUUUGUGCAGGGGCUGGACAUUAAUCCUCUGCAGCCGUUUGAAGCCUCCGACAUUUUUGAUCCGGGUCUCGACCCAUUUCCACCCAGCCGUCCUGCAGCCACAACGCUGGCGAAAAGUCAGGGCCAUGCAUUAGGCGUGAAGGUGAAACCCUCGGGUAACCGCCCUUUGCAGCCGGUGGUUGACCGGUUCUUCUACUGGCUGCGUGCCAGUUAUCUGGAAACUGAUCGGGUCGCCUACUGGUGGGCCAAUCGCAUGCUGACCACGGCACAUCCCCUGCAGGAAAAGGUGGCACUUUUCUGGCACGGACACUUUGCCACGAACGAAGAUAAGGUAAGAGACUAUCGGAAAAUGCUGCAGCAGCUGCAGUUGCUGCAGGAGUAUGGUCUUGGCGAUUUCAGAACGCUGCUGAUCGGCAUAGCGCAAAACCCGGCAAUGCUGGCGUUUCUUGAUGCAGGCGUGAACACAAAAGACUCACCUAAUGAGAACUUUGCUCGUGAAAUUCUUGAACUGUUCACUAUGGGGGUUGGUCACUACAGCGAGCGUGACGUGCAGGAAGCGGCACGGGCCUUUACAGGCUGGCACUUUGACGGUCUUGAAUUUGUCGUGAACACCCAGCAUCAGGAUCUUGGCGCGAAACAGUUUUUGGGUCAGGAGGGCCCUUUUGACGGGAUUGCGAUUAUCGAUAUUGUCCUUGAUCAGGCACAAACAGCAAACUACAUUGCGGCCAAGCUGUAUCGUUACUUUGUGAAUCAGGAUCUGGCCGUUGAAAAUAAGCCCCAGCUCGGGCAGCUGUUGGUGAGUGUGGAUUACAAUAUUGCGGAGUAUCUGGCGGUACUGUUUCGUUCCAACGAUUUCUAUCAACCUCAAAAUGUCGGCUCGCGGAUUAAGGGUCCGGUUGAACUUAUGGUGUCGACUUAUCGGCAUCUGGGUUUACAGGCAGUGCCCGGCGUGCCGGAUUUCAACCAGCAGAGUCAGGCGUUAGGGCAGCGGCUGCUGCAUCCACCAACUGUCGCUGGCUGGUCCCAUGGUCGGAGCUGGAUCACGCCCAGCCUGCUGUUCGAGCGUGCAAAUUUUAUUCUGGACGUACUUUUUCCGGAUCUCGGAUUUGUUGCGCCGGACCGUUAUCCCGUGUUUACGCCGGAGAUCGUUAACGUACAGGCCCGCCUGCGCCAGGGCAUGAGUGUCAGUGAGGCCACCAAACCAACAGGUGUUGCAGGCGGUGCGGACGAAAUGGCAGCCUCCAACCUCCUGGCGGAUCGUGAUGAAGACUUUAAUACCCGCCUGGGUAGUAUGCGUGGCUGGCAGAUGGCGUUGGAACGUGUAAAGCCGAUUGAGCGGGCGCCGGCAAGAAUUGAUCUGACAAAUAUGGUGCUUGCUGCUGAAUGCACAACACCGCUUCAUGUGAUCAACUAUUUUGAGCGUCUGUUUUUUGCAGUGCCGUUGCCACCGGAGGUCAAAGUACAGCUCGCCAAACAGCUGCGCACGGGUUUGGGCACCACUGAUCUGGUGCAGGCGCAGACAUACAUGGAAACGGCUUUACGCACUUUGUUACACGAGAUGUUGAGUCUGCCGCAAUAUCAAUUGGCUGGCGCCACCCUGGCGGGCUUAAGCAGUCUGCCUAAACUGAGUGCAUCGACAACGCUUGCGUCAGAUGCACCUGUACUGGUUGUUGUGGAGCUCUCGGGUGGCAAUGACGGGCUGAACAGUAUUGUACCGUUUGCAGAUGAUGCUUAUUACCGCCAUCGCCCGAACCUGGGGAUACAACAAUCUGAUCUGCUGGCCCUGGACGAUCACUAUGGCUUCAACCCAGGCAUGCUUGGACUGCAGAGGUUGUGGCAGCAGGACCAGCUGGCCAUUGUGCAUGGUUGUGGUUAUCCCCAGCCAUCCUAUUCUCAUUUCACUUCCAUGGCGUAUUGGCACACGGGUGUACCCCAUCGGGGCAGUGAGUUCGGUUGGCUCGGACGCGUCGCUGAUCAAAUGGUGGCGACCCGCCGUGAUGACAUGUUGGUAAACGUUGCCGCAACGGCCUCGCUGGCAGUCAAGAGUAAGGUGCAUACACCGGUGGUGUUUGACGACCCCAAUCGAUUCUGGCGCAAUGGCUGGCUCGAUGGCGUGCCCUCUAUUGCGGUGGAUUCAAGCAGCACGGAAGAGGAAGUGAAAAGCCCAAACGCGGCUUAUCUGCAAGCGGUUAACCGCAGUGCACAACAGUCUUCUGCGCGUAUCAGACAAGCCUGGAACGACUACAACACCCCGGUUGAUUAUGGCAUUGCGCCGAUGGAUUUACCCAAGGUGGCGGCGUGUAUUCAGGCAGGAUUAGAUACACAGAUCUAUCAUGUGGCAUUUCGUAAUAACGCCUUUGAUACCCACGUGGCACAACCUGCACUGCACCGGCGUUUGCUGAGUUAUGCCUGUGACGGAAUUUAUGGGUUUAUAAGGGAUCUCGAGCGGCUGCAGCAGGCGCAUCGGGUGGUUGUACUGGUGCAUUCAGAAUUCGGUCGCCGGGUACCGGAAAAUGCAAAUCAGGGUACUGAUCAUGGGACGGCCAACACCAUGUUCCUGGUGGGUGCGCCAGUGGCGGGUGGCCACUAUGGGGAGCCUGUAGAUCUGGUGAAUCUGGUGGAGGGUGACAACCUGGCGCACACCACAGACUUUCGCCAGGUAUACGCCACGGUGAUGGAACGCUGGCUUGGUGUGCCGUCGAAAACUGUGUUGUUCGACGAUUUUGAAUUAAUUGCUGACAAUCCAAGUGUGUUCAGUAAACAGGCCCGGCAUUAUGCCCUGGGUGUGUUGGUGGUGGUGUACACCUUCAACUUUAUUGAUCGCCAGAUUCUGUCGAUCCUGUUGGAACCCAUCAAGGCUGAUCUAGGCUUGUCGGAUACCCAACUGGGUCUGCUCACCGGGUUUGCGUUUGCCCUGUUUUACGCCACCAUGGGUAUUCCCAUCGCACGUUAUGCGGAUAAAAAUAAUCGCCGCAAUCUGAUUGCGCUGUCGCUGACCAUCUGGAGUGGUUUCACAGCCGUUUCGGGUCUCGCGCAGAAUUUCUGGCACCUGUUGAUUGCGCGUAUUGGCGUCGGCGUGGGUGAGGCGGGUUGUAGUCCACCGGCACAUUCACUGAUUUCCGACUACUUUCCGGCAGAGAAACGCGCUACUGCAUUGGGGAUAUAUUCUCUAGGUAUUCCAGUAGGCAUUCUGUUUGGCUUUAUCGCCGGUGGCUGGCUGAACGAGUUUUUUGGCUGGCGCGUAGCGUUUUUUGUCGUUGGCGUUCCGGGGAUCAUAUUGGCUCUGGUGGUGCGCUACUCCCUGCGUGAACCCACCCGCGGCAUGGCAGAAGGUCGAGUUGAUACCGGUCAGCAACCUACCACCAAAGAAACCUUCAAGUUGCUCUGGAGUAAGCGAUCAUUCCGCCAUCUUGCAUUUGGUGCCGCAUUGACCGCCUUUGUUGGUUACGGUCUGGUCACCUGGGUGCCUUCGUUCCUUAUCCGUUCUCACGGUAUGACAACCGGCGAAGCGGGCACAUGGUUAGGUCUUAUUCUGGGUAUACCCGGCGGUAUUGGUAUCGCCCUAGGUGGUUGGAUGGCUGAUCGCUACGGUUCAAAAGACACCCGCUGGUACUUGUGGGUGGUUUCUGUUGCUCUGUUACUCGGCACCCCUUUCGCGUUUGGUGUUUUCCUGUCUGACUCUGUCGUCUGGUGUCUGCUCUUUCUGAUCAUGCCGGUCCUGUUAGGUAACUUUUACCAGGCCACAACAUUUUCUCAGACACAGGGCCUGGUAGAACUGCGAAUGCGCGCAGUAGCCGCAGCAGUGCUUCUGUUCAUUAUUAACAUUAUCGGAUUGGGCGCAGGCCCUCAGGCAGUGGGCAUUGUCAGUGAUCUGCUCAAUGAUCGUUUUGGUCAGGAGACAUGUGUCGCGGCGCUGUUCACUGUCUUGUUGGUUGCUGCUUGCGGUAACGCCAGUAACAGCGCUGCGGGGUCAGCGUCACCAGCGCCGGAGAAGCCUGAGGCACAACCUUCGCAACCCAAUGUCAUUGUGCUGUUUGCAGAUGAUAUGGGAUAUGGCGAUAUUGGCAGUUUUGGCCAUCCGUAUAACCGGACGCCACACAUUGAUGAGCUGGCAGCACAGGGGCAGCGCUGGACAGAUUUUUACGUCGCUGCGCCAGUCUGCUCACCCAGCCGUGGUGCUCUGUUAACAGGGCGCUUACCGGUCCGAACGGGUCUUUAUGCUGAAAUCAUUGGGGUUUAUUUUCCAAAUGAUCCAGGAGGUUUCCCCGCUUCUGAGGUAACGCUUGCUGAAGCCCUGCGGGCAGUAGGGUACCGCACCGGCAUGUUUGGCAAGUGGCAUCUGGGUGAUGCAAAACACGCCUGGCCAACCCGUCACGGUUUCGACGAAUGGUUAGGGCUGCCUUAUUCGAAUGAUAUGGAUGUGGUAGGGGAAAUCGGCAUCGAUCAGAUCAUUGCCUUGAGCAUGCAGGGCAAGCAGCAGGAAGUGGCUGCGGCGCUGGCGGGACGCGCUGCAAAAUAUGCCGAUCCUGAACCCGAAUACUGGCGGCCACCUCUGUUCAGCAGUGUUGUCACCGCGGAUGGGUUUAAAGAUGAGGAACUGGAACGGCCAGUUGAUCAAUCCACCCUGACAAAAAGGUACACCUCUGCCGCCAUCGACUUUAUCAAGCGUGCGGGUGACGAUCCUUUUUUUGUCUAUCUGCCAUACACCAUGCCGCAUACGCCACUGUUUCGCAGUGCAGAUUUUGUUGGGAGAAGUAUUGGCGGUCGUUACGGUGACGUGAUCGAAGAAAUCGACUGGAGUGUGGGUGCGCUCAAGCAGGCGCUGGAGGAGACCGGGAACGCUGAAAAUACCCUGGUGAUAUUCACCAGUGACAACGGGCCCUGGCUAACGAUGGAAAUAGAGGGUGGUCGAGCAGGCCUGCUGCGCCACGGCAAAGGUACAACUUUCGAAGGGGGUAUGCGCGUGCCCACAGUCAUCUGGUGGCCCGGACGUGUACAGCCUGGUGUAGUCAGUGAAGUGGGUUCCGCGUUGGAUGUCUUUAAUACCGUGGCUGCAUUGGCGGGAGCGGAUGCAUCAACGGCCGUGGAUGGUGUAGAUCUGGCGCCUGUCUUGUUCGACGGAAAUGAAAGUCCGCGGGACGAAGUGGCUUUUUAUCGGCGUGGAGUGUUACACGCCUAUCGUAAAGGUCCCUGGAAAGCGCACUUUAUCACCGAAGGGGCGUAUCAACAGCCGCCAGCAAGAACGGUGCAUGAAACACCUUUGUUGUACCACCUGCACACUGACCCUUCUGAGCGGUUCGAUGUAGCUGCUGAUAAUCCGCAGGUGUUGGCUGAGAUUGAUGCGGCGGUGCAGCAACAUCUUGCCAACAUAGAACUGGAUCCGGCGAAAAUCGAGAUUUUUCAGAAUGACGCACUCUGGGGCUAUUUUGAACGUCUGCGCAAAGAAGACCCGGUGCACUUUCUGCCAGACAGUGAUUUUGGACCUUACUGGUCAAUCACCAAGUUUGACGACAUCAUGUAUGUCGAUUCACAUCACGAGCUGUUUUCCUCUGAAGGGGGUAUUACCAUUGGCCCCUUAAAGGAACUGGCUGAAGAAGCCAGCCAGUUUCAAACGCCCAUGUUCAUCGCGAUGGACCCACCCAAACACGAUGUGCAGCGCGCCACCGUAACCGGCGUGGUUGCGCCGCGUAAUCUGGCAGCGCUGGAAGGUGUCAUUCGUGAACGCGCGGGUAAAAUUCUUGAUUCAUUACCCGUCGGUGAAACCUUUGACUGGGUAGAUAAAGUGUCUAUCGAGUUAACCACGCAGAUGCUGGCUACGCUGUUCGACUUUCCUUUCGAAGAACGUCGCAAAUUAACCCAUUGGUCUGAUGUGGCGACAUCCGGGCCGGAAACCAUGGGCAUGGACGAGCGCCGUACGGAACUUCUGCAAUGCCUGCAGUAUUUCACCAACUUGUGGCAGGAACGCAAAGAAAACCCCAACCCGGGGUUUGAUCUUAUCUCGAUGCUGGCCCACGGCGAAGAAACCAAAGACAUGCAGCCUAUGGAAUUCCUGGGCAACCUGAUCCUGUUGAUUGUGGGUGGCAAUGACACCACGAGAAAUUCAAUCACCGGCGGUGUGCUGGCGCUGAAUCGCAACCCCGAGCAGUAUGAAAAGCUGCGUAAUAAUCCGUCUCUGGUGCAGAGCAUGGUGCCUGAAAUUAUCCGUUGGCAGACACCGUUGUCGCAUAUGCGCCGGAUUGCCAAGGAAGAUGUAGAGUUAGGCGGCAAAACCAUUAAGAAAGGUGACAAGGUGGUGAUGUGGUAUGUGUCAGGCAAUCGCGAUGCAGAGGCCAUUGAAAAUCCGGAUGAUUUCAUCAUUGAUCGUAAACGUCCGCGCCAUCAUCUGGCCUUCGGUUUCGGCAUUCAUCGUUGUAUGGGUAAUCGCCUGGCGGAAAUGCAGUUGCGCGUGUUGUGGGAAGAAAUUCUCAAACGCUUUGACCGGGUAGAGGUGAUGGAAGAGCCACAGCGGACACCGUCAGUGUUUGUCAAAGGCUACACGUACAUGCCGUGGCUCACUGCCGUUUUGAACGACAAUCAGAUUAACGCAACGGUCACGGGCUUUAGCGCCAAGGCGGUAGGCACAGGUCAGAUCGGCAAGUGUAUUCGCUAUGUGCUGACGUAUGCAGAUGGCGACAGCGGGCCGGCGUCCCUGAUUGGCAAAUUUCCAUCUGAUGAUCCUGACAGUCGUGCGACCGGCGUGAUGCUGCAGAAUUUUCUGAAAGAAGUCAGUUUCUAUAAACAGCUGCAGGACAAACUGUCGAUUCGCACACCACAUUGCUAUUUUGCUGACAUUGUUGGUGAGGGGCCUGAUUUUGUCAUCCUUAUGGAAGACCUUGCACCAGCCGAGCAGGGUGAUCAACUCCUUGGAUGUGAUGUGGAAGUGGCGCGGGCGGCGGUCCUGGAGCUUGUGGGUUUGCACGCGCCAUCCUGGUGUGAUGCACAGUUAAAACAGCAAACCUGGCUGUAUAAUGCUGACGCUGCCGGCACCGACAUGAUGCGCACCAUGUACAACGCGCAACUUCCGGGUUUCCUUGAACGCUAUGGGCCUGCAUUGUCUGCGGAUGAGCAGGCCAUUAUUGCCCGGGUAGGCGAAGCGCACAGCACGCCGCUGUAUGACGGGUUGCAGGAUGUGUUCUCGCUGGUGCAUGUUGACUAUCGUCUCGAUAAUCUGAUGAUCGACAAAUCUGCUCAAGAUCCGCAAGUGACCGUGGUGGACUGGCAAAGUAUUACGCUGGGUGCGCCACUGAAUGAUGUGGCUUAUUUUCUGGGUGCGGGCUGCUGCACGCCGGGGUGA